AUGCCCAUGGAAACCCAUGACCGUGACGACUCCGGAGCAGCAAUCGGCGUGGGCGGACGGAGUGUUCGCCUCUGGGGCUCACCUACAGGAGAGGAGAGAACGGGGAUGGAUCGCCAGGGAAACCUCGACGAUUCGACACCUGCCUCCGAUCACCUCAGCUUGUGCAGUUCGGUGAAGUUCGGAGUCUCAGCUCUCGUCUGGAGGAGCAAGUUGCGAGUUACUCAGUAG